GAAAUACAGAGGUGGGGGUUUGGGAGCGGUAGUUGGUUCACAGAAAACGACCAGAGAUCCCCUGUAUUUUGUCUGAAAAUGAGCGGAUUCCGGCAGCAGAAUGUCGAUGACUUUUAUGAAAUGGGAGAAGAAUUGGGCAGCGGGCAGUUUGCAAUUGUGCGGAAGUGCCGGGAGCGUUCUACAGGUGUGGAGUAUGCAGCUAAAUUUAUUAAGAAACGCCGAUUGUCAUCUAGCCGCCGAGGUGUGAGCCGAGAAGAAAUUGAGAGGGAGGUAGACAUACUAAGAGAGAUUCAGCACCCCAACAUCAUCACCUUACAUGAUGUGUUUGAGAAUCGCACAGAUGUGGUCCUGAUACUUGAGCUUGUUUCUGGAGGGGAGCUUUUUGACUUUCUGGCACAAAAGGAAAGUUUAAGUGAGGAAGAGGCAACCAUGUUCCUGAAGCAGAUACUUGAUGGUGUUCAUUAUUUGCACCAUAAGAAUAUUGCACAUUUUGACCUUAAGCCAGAGAAUAUCAUGCUUUUGGACCAGAGUUCCCCCAGUCCAAGAAUAAAACUCAUAGAUUUUGGAAUUGCUCACAAGAUAGAGGCUGGGAAUGAAUUCAAAAAUAUCUUUGGAACUCCUGAAUUUGUAGCUCCAGAAAUCGUAAACUAUGAGCCUUUGGGACUGGAAGCUGAUCUGUGGAGCAUUGGAGUUAUCACUUACAUUCUUCUCAGUGGAGCAUCACCAUUUCUUGGAGACACCAAGCAGGAAACGUUGACUAACAUUUCAGGUGUGAAUUAUGAUUUUGAUGAAGAAUAUUUCAGCAAUACCAGUGAAUUAGCUAAAGAUUUUAUUCGCCGGCUGUUGGUGAAAGAUCCAAAAAAACGAAUGACCAUCGAUCAGAGUUUAGAGCAUUCAUGGAUUAAGGCUAUCAAGCGCCGAAAUGUCCGACAUGAGGACAGUGGAAAACGCCCUGAACGCCGUCGCCUGAAGACUACACGUUUAAAGGAAUACACAAUAAAAUCACAUUCUAGCAUGCCUCCAAAUAACACCUAUGUGAAUUUUGAAAGGUUUAGCCAUGUAUUAGAGGAGCUGGGAGCAGCAGAAGAUGCACUUCGUGAGCUUCAAAAGAGUCAGGCCACCUCACGCGAAGACCUGUGUGCCUUGCGCUCUAUCUACGAGGAAAAGGAAAGUUGGUACCAUGAAGAGCAGGAAGGUGUUGGGCGUCAACUUGUAGGGCUCCGGCAAGAACUGCAGCGCAGAGAGAGUCAGCGUCGGCAGGUACAGGAGGAUUUAAGGGGAGCUAUGCUUAGUGCCAAUGCUUUGAAGAGAAGGUUUGGUAAAUUGGAAAAUAGAUAUGAGGCCCUGCAGGCACAAUUUACUGCAGAAAUGAGCUUUGUGGAAGAUUUGUUAAAAACUGUGGAGAGAGGUGAAGAUGGAUUAAGAGGAGUGUGCUGAAAUGUAUAUGUUUCUUUCCCCAAUAACCUCUGAUUAUUCUAGCCCUACUAUUUAAAGACCACAAUCUUAGCUGAAUUCCUUUUAUGCUCUUUUCACAAGUACAUAUUUAACCACUUUUUGUACAUUCAGGGGCAGAUUUAUCAAAAUGUGAGUUUAGAGCUUAAUAAAUAAAAAAACUCACGGAUGUUAUGUGCAUUCUUGUGGGAUUUUUAGAACCAAAUUUAUUAAAUAGUGAGUUCUAACUUUCAAUCAUUGAUAAAUACAAUUCUAAAAAUCCCAUAGGAAUGAAUAGAAGUUGCCGAGUUUUUAUUUAUUAAGCUCUAAACUCACAUUUUGAUAAAUCUGCACCUCAAUGUUAGCAUGUAUGGAUAAUUUUAGGUCUGUACAUUGGUCAUUUACAGACCAAAAUUAGAUUUUCCAUAUGAAUAUCUAUGCAAAUAAUGUGGAGUAGGCCCCCAUUCCUAGUCCAGAGCACUGGAUUUACAUCAGUGCACUUUAUGUACUGUUAUCAGAUUCUCUUUGAAAUGCUUAGGCUCAAUAAUUCUGAAUAAUAGAAUCAAAUUUGCACCUUUUCAAAAGAGAAAUAGCAACAACUUAAGACUAUGUAGAUACAUGUGUUUGAAUAGUACACCACUGUAUUAUAACUCACAAUUGCCAUUCCACCUAAAAAUAAAGGCUUAAUAUCCUUCAGCUAAA